GGCGUGUCUUCCCCCUCCAGUGCUCAGAAACAGAAGCUAACCAGAAUAAUAAAGUUAGCUUCUCUGCUAGUUAGCAACUCCUGAAAUGGCGUCGUUAGCGGCCACAGAACCGGUGGCCUGCCCGUCUGCGGACUCCAUAGUGCCCGCCUGUAUGUUCGCUCCGGACCGGGGCUGUGCGGACGAGGCGUCCGGCUCAGAGGGCUCCGAGGACGGGGAGCGCACCGCCGGAGAGGCCGCGGACCACCUGCACCUCAGCAGCAAGCUGGUUCUAGUGAGUCCAACGGGGCAACAGUAUGAUUCAUUACUCAAGCAUCUGAGGGAGCAGAUAGGCGAAGGCUGUGGAGAGACAAUCUAUGUGGUUGGGAUGGGUUCAGACGGGGGUGACUACGGUCUGGAUGAGAAGGACAUGGAGGCGUCGGUCGCCACGGUGCGGUCGCUAUGUGAACAAAUUGAGGCCGACCUGAUUUUCCUGAGAGAGAGGACUGACACCGGCGGGAAGAUUCGUGACUACCUCAUCCGCCGGCGUGUGGGCGAGCAGGAUUUCCUGGAAGUCAGGGUGGCGGUGGUAGGGAACGUGGACGCGGGGAAGAGCACUCUGCUGGGGGUGCUGACCCACGGUGAGCUGGACAAUGGCAGAGGCUUUGCUCGCCAGAAGCUCUUUAGACACAAACAUGAAAUGGAGAGUGGCAGGACCAGCAGUGUGGGCAAUGAUAUCCUGGGUUUUGACCAGGAGGGACAGGUGGUGAACAAGCCGGACAGCCACGGUGGCGGCCUGGACUGGACCAAGAUCUGUGAGAAAUCCUCAAAGGUCAUCACCUUCAUUGACCUGGCGGGCCACGAGAAGUACCUCAAGACCACCGUGUUCGGCAUGACGGGACACCUACCGGAUUUCUGCAUGCUCAUGGUUGGCAGUAACGCUGGCAUCGUUGGCAUGACCAAAGAGCAUCUGGGUCUGGCUCUGGCCCUGAAUGUGCCGGUGUUUGUAGUGGUGACUAAGAUAGACAUGUGUCCAGCCAACAUCCUGCAAGAGACGUUAAAACUGUUACAGAGGUUACUAAAGUCGCCGGGCUGCAGGAAAAUCCCCGUGCUGGUCCAGAACACGGAUGAUGUCAUCGUCACAGCCUCCAACUUCAGCUCUGAGAGGAUGUGUCCAAUUUUUCAAAUCUCAAACGUGACGGGGGAGAACAUGGAGCUGCUGAAGAUGUUCCUCAACCUCCUCUCGUCCAGGACCAACUUCAACAACGAUGAGCCUGCUGAGUUCCAAAUAGACGACACAUACUCAGUGCCGGGUGUGGGCACAGUAGUUUCAGGGACUACGUUACGUGGAAUGAUACGACUGAAUGACACGCUACUCUUAGGCCCGGACCCGCUGGGCACCUUCAUCCCCAUCGCCGUCAAAUCCAUCCACCGCAAAAGAAUGCCCGUCAAAGAGGUCCGCGGGGGACAGACGGCGUCCUUUGCCCUCAAGAAGAUCAAACGGUCGUCCAUAAGGAAAGGCAUGGUGAUGGUUUCCCCGAAGCUGAUGCCACAGGCCACCUGGGAGUUUGAAGCUGAGAUUCUGGUGCUCCACCACCCCACCACGAUAUCCCCAAGAUACCAGGCCAUGGUCCACUGUGGCAGCAUCAGGCAGACGGCCACCAUCCUCACCAUGAACAAAGAUUGUCUGCGGACGGGGGACAAGGCCGCAGUCCACUUCCGCUUCAUCAAGACCCCCGAGUACCUGCACUGUGACCACAAACUGGUGUUCAGGGAAGGCCGCACCAAAGCUGUGGGCACCAUCACCAAGCUUCUCCAAGCAGUAAACACCCAGGCAGCUAAGGCCCAGCAGGCCAAGCUGCUGGCCAGUAAGAAGACUUUCAAAGACGGCACGGCAGCCAAUGAGGAGGCCGGAUCGACAGCACGACCGCCCAGUCCGAACUCAGCACAGCUACCACUCAAGUCGGGAGGCGGAGGACGUCGGCGAGGCGGCCAGAGACAUCGAGGGAAAGGUCUGAACGCGGCUACAAUCUCUACAGCGGUUCCAGCAGGAGCAGCAGGCACCGCCUAAACAAAAAACACACCAUCUCAUCUCUUUAA